CCGCUAAUUUUACCGGGCAUCUACAGUAAUCUAAUUCCUUCCUUCUUAUAACAAUUACAUCACAAUUUGUAUUCCUUUCUAACAAACAGUGAAAUGGAAAAAUAACACCUCAGUGUGUUGCAAAACACGCGUUCUUGGAAAACGAAGGAAUAACGAAGAGCCGACAACGAAAAUGCCAGCCGAUCGUAUGCUAGCGACCGUCCUACGGGCCUACCAAGAUGUUCCCAAUCCGACCGAGACAGACAAGAUCUUCGGAACCACGACAGCACUCCUAACCAAUCUCAACAACCCUCUCAACCUAUCUCUGCUCACCUCACAUUUCCUUACCGCACGUUCGAUAUGGCAGUCUCCAGAUGGGUUACGCACAUGCCUUCGGGUCAUGAGCAUAUACAAUACCGCUGCAAUUCACGUGCACAAGAAUGAGUUGGAUAACGCGAAACUUCCAAGAGGAGCACCACUCAUAGGCAGUGGGGUUCGUAGCGAGGAUUGGGCACGCGCGAUUGCGAAGGGGGCAGACGAAAGAUCGACUCGAUGGCAACAUAUGUUGGUGUUAACGGGUAUCCUGAUGGGUAUGGAAGGUGACGACCGAAGAUCCUUAUCCCGUAGUCUGCGAUCAACGCUCGAACAAGCUGUUGUCACGGCCGCAAAUCUGGCUUUAGAAGAUGAAAGAAAGACUGGGCCUUUGGGACGCGACGCCGUGGUUCUAGCUUUAACAUACGCAUUGCCACUACUGUCAGAACCAGUCAAGAUACUUCUCAAUGGCAACAUCCUUCUACCAGCAACCAUCGAAGCAAUGCUCGGAGACGAAGGAUUUCAACGUGGUGACUUUGUUUCGUCAAUCAUCCGCGAUAUUCCCCAGGGAAAAACCAUAACAUGGCACAUUAAUUCAUCAUCUGUGGUCAAGAUUCAAAGACUAGAAAUUCGGCCCCUAGCACAGAAUAUGGGACCGUUGUCACGACUCGGCGCGUUUGCCGUUCAGCAUGCCAGCGACCCUAAUAUUGUUCUUGGGGCUCAUGAGGAAUUGCUUGGCUUCACAACUGGACUUCUAGAGAAAUGGUCCCUUUGCCGCCUUUCAACUAUUGAUCUAUACGUCGAGGCCGCAGCUCUACCGGCCGAAGUGUUGCAAGGCCCUUAUCCCAUGCUCUGGCAGCUACUAAAGAAGAUUAUGUAUACCGUAGUCGCAAUCCUCCGACCUAUAGUCGGGCGAUCGCUACUAGAUCCCUUCAUGAGGAACGAUAUGAUAGCCCCGACCGUAGCUGCGAAAACGUUACACAAUCUACGCAACCUCUCCUUCGUGUCUACACGACAAGGCGCGGGUUCAUUCCAGGUGUAUACUUUCACCUAUCUCACUUCUCUCGACAUUAUCACGCGCUAUCCGGAAGCAUGUCUAUCCUUCUUACAAGACACGCAACCGCCUCCUCUAAUAGGCAACGCCGUGCCAUCACCAGUAGUACAAGCCUUAACACUCUUCUACCUCAACACAGCCGAGCACCUACCCCUCUCAAUCUCUACACCCUCCUGCGAAGCCCUCAUUAUCACACCCGCAACAACCUACCUAUCGCCCACAUCCUGGCUAACCAGCCCCGCUAACAAACCCCCUUCGUCCCUAACCCUUGAGCUAUUCGAAUCAGCUCAUUCCUCCAUACUCUCAGUCCUUUCCUGUCCACAACAUAGCCCCCUCGCCGCCUCCCUAAUCCCCUUCUACGUCGACGCCCUCCUCUCAUCCUUCCCCUCACGGAUCUCCCCACGCCAAUUCCGCCUCGCCUUCCGCACCGUAAUGCAAAUCGCCAGCCCACCAUACCCCCUCGCCGCCACACACCCGGAACUCUCCGAAACUCUCCUCGAAAUGCUACGAUUCCGCGCCGCCGAGGGCGCGUCCACGGAACCUUUACUUCCGCUCAAUGAACAACCCACCACAGCCGCUAGCACCAACCCAACGAACUCCAUUGCCACCGCCGCCGCGCAGGGGCAGGGACAAAUAGAUCCCGCGCAUCAGGAAGAGCAACUUCCUAUCUCGGAGCAGACAGCCCUUCUCCUCGCUCUAAUCGACGGUCUACCUCACGUCCCACUCCCCUCGGUCGAGGAAUGGCUAUCCCGCGCCGCUGAAUCCGUGAAUAGCGUAAUCGACCCUCGUAUGCGUGAGGUCGCGCGCCGUCGCUUUUGGGAUGUACUUUCUGGUGGUGAAAUGGAUGUUGAACGUGCGGCGCUGGGAGUUGCCUGGUGGGGCAUUGGAGGUGGACGGGAGAUGGUGCUUUUUGGACAGCCGAGAGGUGCGCAAGGGGGUGAAUUUGUUAUGAGCGGUGCGUUGGUGCCGGGACAGGAGAGGGAUGGUAGUAGACUCUAAGUUGUAAACUGAGGAAGAGAAUAUAGAGGCUCGACUGCUCCAAAUUGUUUAUAGGAGUUAGCCGGUCACGAUGCUACACCUAAUGUAUAUCACCCAUACUAGACAAGUUACUUGAUCAUACCGAAUACCCUAAGUUGAAUAGAACCGAAAUUUUCUACGUAAUCAUGUCUCUU